AUGGCGUGUCGCGGGCUCCGGCCGGAGCACGGCGGACCCCCAGAGCUGUUUUACGACCAGAAUGAAGCCCAGAAAUACAUGCGCAACUCUAGGAUGAUUGAUGUGCAGACCAAGAUGACUGGGCGAGCAUUGGAGCUCCUUGAUCUGCCUGAUGAGAAGCCCUGUUUCCUGUUGGAUAUUGGCUGUGGUACUGGACUGAGUGGAGAUUAUCUCUCUGAAGAGGGGCACUAUUGGGUGGGCAUCGACAUCAGCCUUGCCAUGCUGGAUGCAGCUUUGGACCGAGAAGCACAAGGAGACUUGCUUCUGGGGGACAUGGGCCAGGGCAUUCCCUUCAAACCAGGCUCCUUUGAUGGUUGUAUCAGCAUUUCUGCUGUGCAAUGGCUCUGUAAUGCUAACAAGAAGUCAGACAUUCCUGCCAAGCGCUUGUACUGUUUUUUUUCUUCUCUUUAUUCUGUGCUGGUCCGUGGAGCCCGAGCUGUUCUGCAGCUAUACCCUGAGAACUCGGAGCAGUUGGAGCUCAUUACGACCCAGGCCAUCAGGGCUGGUUUCACCGGUGGUGUGGUGGUGGACUACCCCAACAGUGCCAAAGCGAAGAAGUUCUACCUCUGUUUGUUUUCUGGGCCAUCAACCUUUCUGCCAAAGGGCCUACAUGAAAUUAAGGAAGAAGAGGAGGCAAAGGAAUCCACAUUCACUAACAGGAGGGUCCAGAACAGGGUUGCACGGAGAGGGUUGGUGAGGAAGACCCGGGAAUGGGUGCUGGAGAAGAAAGAACGCCGUAGACGCCAGGGCAAGGAAGUCAGACCUGAUACUCAGUACACUGGCCGCAAGCGCAAGCCCUACUUCUAA